AUGGCAGAUUUAUUUAUUCAAUUGAACGAUUUGCCUGAUGAAAUUCUUAUUUAUAUAUUUAAAAAGUUGACCAAUCUUGAAGUGCUUUAUUCAUUAUUCGGUGUUAGUAAACGAUUAAAUAGAAUAGUAUAUGAUUCUAUUGUUACAAAUUGUUUGACCUUACCAAGAUCUGUAUCGAAUGAUUAUAUUUAUCCACUAUCGAAUCGAAUACUUGAUCGAUUUUGUUUACAUAUAUUACCUGAAAUUCAUGAUAAAAUAAAAUGGAUUAAUCUUGAAUCAUGUUCAAUCGAACGUAUCCUUCGCGCUACAAAUUAUCCAAAUUUAAACGCACUAGGUUUAUAUAAUAUUCGACAAUAA